UUCCACAGAUCUAUUCCUCAAUCAAUCAGAUCGUUAGGAGGCAUUGAAGAACUAGAUCUUUCACGCAACAAUUUGUCUGGUCAGAUUUCAAAAUUCUUAGCUUUAUUUCAUUCCUUGAAACUUUUGAAUUUGUCUUACGAUAGCUUUGAAGGCAUGCUACCGCGUGAAGGAGUUUUUAAGAAUGCUACCAUGACUUCUAUUAUUGGGAACAAUGAGCUUUGUGGGGGACUGCCAGCAUAUCACCUCCCCAAGUGCAUCUCCAAAAGCUCCAAGAGAAGUAAAAUCCAUAUAUCGGUAUUGUCGGCUUGUGUUAUUUUUGGCAUUCUUGGUGUAGCUCUUACUAUUGUUUUUCUGUAUUUUUGUUGGUUGAAGAAGAAAGUAAAAGAACCGAUUUCAACUUCCAUGGAGGAUUCAUGUCCCAACAUAUCUUAUCGAACACUUUUAAAAGCAACCAAUGGUUUUUCUUCAAUGAAUUUGAUCGGUGUUGGAAGCUUUGGUUCUAUUUACAAGGGAAUAUUUGAAGAGAAUGGUAUAGCCAUUGCAGUGAAGGUGCUUCAUUUAAUGCAUCGUGGUGCUUUGAAGAGCUUCUUGGCGGAGUGCGAGGUAUUAAAGAACAUCAAACAUCGAAAUCUUCUAAAAAUAUUAACAGUUUGCUCUGGUAUUGAUUAUCAGCAAAAUGAUUUUAAGGCCAUAGUUUAUGAGUACAUGGAAAAUGGAAGCCUCAAAAGGUGGCUACAUCCAAAUCCAACACCCUCUUACACAAAUGAGCCUACCCAGAAAUUGAAUUUCUUUCGAAGGAUAAAUAUUGCUAUUGGUGUUGCUUCUACACUCGAUUAUAUUCAUCACCAGUGCCACAUUCCCAUCGUUCAUUGUGAUUUAAAGCCCAGCAAUAUCCUCUUUGAUACCGAGAUGGUCGCGCAUGUUGGUGACUUUGGAUUGGCAAAGUUCCUCCUUGGAUCAUCCACUGAUACCGUGGCUAAUCAAAUGAGCUCAAUGGGCAUAAGAGGAACAAUUGGUUAUGCUCCACCAGAAUAUGCAAUGGGAUGCAAGGUUUCAAGAGAAGGCGGUGUCUACAGUUACGGCAUCCUCUUAUUGGAGAUGUUCACAGGGUUGAGUCCCAACGAUGACAUAUUCAGAGACAAUUUGACUCUUCAUAGUUUUGUGGCAGAAGCUUUGCCUGAACAAGUGCUGGAAAUUACGGAUCACAUUCUGCUUCAAGAAAGAGAGAAUUAUUUAAGCCCCAAUAGUCCUCAGCAUUGGCUCUCCGAAAGCGAUGGCAUAUUUCAAGAGUGCUUGGUCACAGUAUAUAAUAUUGGAGUCUCUUGCUCCGAUGAAGUGCCUGGAAGACGGUUGAGCAUCAGCGGAGUUGCAAAUCAGCUGCAAAAGAUUAGGGAGAAACUCUAUGCCUAGGGUUUACACGGACAAAAAUGAACAACAGGUGAUAGCACAAAUUUUAUUCACUUGUCCUUCUCUCGUCGCUAGACAUUCUGUAUUUGUUUAUGCAAACGCAAACGUACAGGUAAAAUACAUAACUGAAGAUCUUUCUUGAAAGAUGAUAGUUGUUGUCUUUCACCAUCCAUAUUUGGACAUAGUUUAAACUAGCAUAAGGCCUGCAAAGUGCAGGCACAUUCUUGAGUAA